UCCACCACCACCACCACCACCACCGCAAAUGGAGCAAGACGGUAAUCAAGCUCAGCAGGUUCCAGCCCAGCCAGGUCCAGGUCAGGGGGAUGAUCUGUAUCUGAGGAUCAUUGCAAAUCUUCAAGAGCGAGUAGAGUUACUCCUGAGGUUGAAUGAGCAUCGACGAGGCAGAGAGGGAGGGAAUGACGGGCAAGAAGGGCAAGGAGGGAAUGAAGGAGACAAUGGAGGGAAUGCUGGUGGCAAUGGAGGGAAUGCUGGAGGCAAUGGAGAGAAUGCUGGAGGCAAUGGAGGGAAUGCUGGCGGCAAUGAAUUGAAUGCUGGAGGGAAUGAAGGCCAGGGAGAGAAUCCAAGAGGCAAUGAUGAGCAAGGAGGGCAGAGAGAGAAUGAUAGAGGCAACGAUGGGCAAGGAGGGAAUGUACGAGACCGUGGUGGCAUGCAGGCUCAUAGAGACUGAAGACAGGAUAAUCGCGGCAGAGAGAACGAUGGCGGAGAAAGGUAGAGGGAGAAUGAACGAGGUAACGUUGCAGGCAGGGGAGGGAAUCAAGGCCACAGGCAGGGAAAUGGGAGAGGCGAUGAAGCGAACGGGAGAAUUCAUGAAGGGAACGGGAGAGGUAAUGGAGGUAACGGGAGAUUCAAUCCAGGAGUUGGAAGGAAUGGUGGGAGAAAUAGAGCUGGGCGUAACUUGGAUCUACGUAACGCCGUGAAAGUUCCCACAAUUCAAUUCUCUACGGACUGCAUACAUGAAAAAAUCUCAUAGAAAAACUUAGCGAAUUUUUUGUACGUAAAAUAUCCAUAGAAAACUUUAGUAAUAUUUUGUCUCAAAAUGCACUUUCUUCUGUAGAAACAUUCUUUAUUGAAUUUCCUGAUAUGAAUUUUCGAUGUUUUCACUCCCAUUUUUUUCUCAUUUCAUGAAGAAAAAAAAUUGAAAUAAAAAUACAUGGAAAAUUUUAAUCAAUUUUCCAUUGAACUUUCCUAGUAAAAGGAAACCGGACAGAUUAGCUGCGGAAUUUUCAAAUAG